AUGCCGAAAACUGGAUGCAUGUUGUUGGCGACAGGCUGGGUCGUACUGUCUGGUGCCAGAAUCGGUGAUGGCGACAACAUGUGGUGCUGCGAGACACCUGGGAUGCAGAUGUUAUUUGUGUUCGAGAAGUUGACUCAGGAGGGUGUGCCCAGGGGUUGGGGCGACUGGUGGCUGGUGAUGGGCAGGCCCGCGGAGUUCCGGCUUGUAGAAGAGACUGCGUUGCCAGGUAUUGGAAUUUGGAAGGAACAGGGGAGAUGUAUCCACGCACAGUCAUAUCAAAAAUACAAGCCUAGGGAGCUCAAGCCAAGCCCGCCAAAAGAUAGACCCAUUGGCAACAUGAUUGAUGUUCUUGAUGAAUGUGCGAGGAGGCACACUGAGGUGGGCGUGCUAGCGGGAAAGGCAGCACUGCUGAGUACACGACGCAAGGAUGAGACGACAAAUUGGCGACCCGCCACUAUUUCGUUAAACGAGUUCUAUGCACUCGCGGUGAAUCGUGAAGCACGCCGAGACCCAUUUUGUACUGGAGCGUUCGAUACCUGGGGUACUCACCAUCUUUAG